GUGAAAUAAGCCAUCGAUUCCGACAAGAAUUAGUAAACCAUUCAAAUGAUCAGUUGUCUCAAGUAACUCGUGUUUUAUCUCAAACAAGCAGCGGAUUGGAUAAAGAGGCACGCGAUAAUAUAAAAGCAAUUGAACGAGAUUUACAAUCUAUGAAACUACUUGUGCCUAAGCUAGAUCCAAAUUUUAUACCUGUUGUCAGAGGUUUAAACAGCUAG